GGUACACUACUUUUCAUUUACAAUAUGUCAUGCUCGAAAAUAUUUUCAGGAGAUUUACCUGAAUUAACAAAUGAAAUCAUCAAAAAUUUUCAGAAUGAUUAUUCAACCUUACAUUCAUGUAUUUUAGUUAAUAGAUUAUGGUGUCGUUUGGCGAUUCCAUUAUUAUGGGAAAAUCCAUUUUCAAUUUCUACUGGAAAUUAUAAUUUUAUUGAAAUUUACUUGUAUAAUUUGAAUGAUCAUUUAAAAACAAAAUUAAAUGAAUAUCAAAUAAUUGAUUGUUUAUUACCUUCAAAUACCCUUUUCAAUUAUCCUAGUUUUAUAAGAUAUUUGAAUAUACGUAAAAUUACUCCUUCUAUUGAGAAAUGGUUAGAGGCUAAUGAUGUAACUUCAAAAUUCAGUAAUAUAUAUUUUUUACCUAAUUUAAUUUUGGAAUCAGUAUUAGAAUUUAAAAGAUUGAUUAAUAUGUCAUUAAUUAAAUUAUUUAUUGAAAAUGAAGUAAAUUUACAUACUUUUGAAAUUGAGAUAAACACAUAUAAUAGCGAAUAUUGUGAUAACAUUCUUGAAAUGAUUUUACAAAAUCCAAAUUUCAUUAACAAAAUUGGAAAUUUAAAAGUUUCUAUUUUAUGUUCUAAUACGUUAACUGAUAAUCGUGUAUCACAAAUAAUUAAUUCACAUCAAAAUCUUAAAAGAAUUUUAUUAG